CCCCGGGGCUCCCCGGACAAGCCGCUGCCGGAGCCCCGCGAGCGGCAGGACGUGGAUCGGCCUGCCCUGGGCGAGGAGGGGAGCGGCCCGGCACUGGAGCUGGUGGUCGCUGCGGCUGGCUACCAGGCGCCGGUGGGGUUCGAGGAGGUGGCCGUGUAUUUCUCCCGGGAGGAGUGGGGGCUCCUGGACGAAGGGCAGAGGCAGCUCUACAGGGACGUCAUGCAGGAGAAUUACCAGACUCUGAUCUCGCUGG